GCUACAACUCCAGUAGAUCCCCGUGUUCUGGACGCAAUGUUGCCCUACCUCACGGAUCAAUACGGCAAUCCACAUAGUCGAACCCACGCGUAUGGUUGGGAGGCCGAACAAGCCGUUGAGGAUUCCCGCAAGCAUGUCGCGGAUUUAAUUGGAGCUGACGCCAAAGAUGUCGUUUUCACUUCGGGGGCGACGGAAACUAAUAAUAUGGCGAUAAAGGGCGUUGCACGAUUUCACAAGGAGAAGAAAAGGCACAUCAUUACAACGCAAACAGAACACAAAUGCGUUCUAGAUUCGUGCCGCAAGCUCAGCGAGGAGGGGUUCGACAUCACAUACCUACCUGUUCAGAAAAAUGGCGUUAUCUCGCUGGAAGAGCUUGAGGCAGCCAUUCGCCCAAGUACAUCCCUUGUUUCCAUAAUGGCCGUCAAUAACGAAACUGGCGUAAUUCAACCAUUGAAGGAGAUUGGUGCCAUUUGUCGCAAGCACCGUGGAGUCUACUUUCACACUGACGGGGCACAAGCUGUUGGGAAAAUACCCCUGGAUGUCAAUGAAAUGAACAUCGACCUCAUGAGUAUAUCAGGACACAAGCUCUACGGUCCCAAAGGUAUCGGUGCAGCAUAUGUGCGGAGACGGCCUAGGGUCAGACUGGAGCCGAUUUUGAGUGGUGGAGGCCAGGAGCGAGGACUGAGAAGUGGUACUCUGGCCACUGCUUUAGUCGUAGGAUUGGGCGAGGCGGCGCGAAUCGCGCAAAAGGAAAUGCAGCGGGACCACAUCCGAAUCAAACAAUUGUCAGAUAGGUUGAUUGACACCAUCAACGCUCAAGUGGAACAUGUUGUACGGAAUGGAGAUGUGAAUGGAUAUCCAGGUUGCGUCAACCUCAGCUUCUCAUAUGUUGAAGGAGAGAGCCUUUUGAUGGCGUUGAAGGAUAUUGCAUUGUCGUCAGGGAGUGCUUGCACAUCAGCUUCACUCGAACCUUCUUAUGUCUUACGCGCACUUGGCGCUGCGGAGGACAUGGCGCAUUCUUCAUUACGUUUUGGCAUUGGGCGGUUUACAACCGAGGCUGAAAUUGACUUUGUGGUACAACACAUUAUCAAGACGGUUCACAGGCUAAGAGAAAUGAGCCCACUCUGGGAGAUGGUCCAGGAGGGAAUCGACAUCAAUUCCAUUGAUUGGUCGCAGCAUUAG